AUGCGGCCUAAUCUCAAAGCGUUAAAUGUCGAAACCCAGGAGCAGCGAUUUCCUAGGCGGGGCGACAAUUCUGGUCCGGAUAUAGCUACCUGGAGAUGUAACUUGGCUGCACUCUCACAACGUCGAAACUUGCUAUUUGUAGCUCAUGGCUGCGAUAUAUACGCAUGGAUCCCGAAAGGAUCCCGGCAGCUACUUGGGGUCCAACCAGAAAUGAUCAUACACCCAGUGAUGAAGCAGCCUGGCGCUGCUGGCUACAUCGAUCCGUCGGCACCGCAUACAAUAAACCAUAUCAUUGUGGAUGAUCUGGGAGUAGAUGAAGUUUUGCUACUGGCGACGGACUCUGGAAACGUCACUGGCUACAACGUUGAGGCUAUCUUUUCAGAAAUCAAUCAGUGCGCAGAAUUUGGACAGAAACGACCGUUCGAUGGGAUUGGAGUCAAACCUUUCUUUGCGGAAUAUGUCCUGAAGAGUGCCUGGGGCUUGGCAACUCACAAGUUUGCCCGUAUGAUUGCUGUAAGUUCAAAUACCGGCAAUAUCACGGUCUUUGCGUUUGCCAUGGUGGACCUUAGGUCAGAGAAUGAAGACAGCGACACAGAUUCCCCCCACAAGAUGGAAUCGGGAGAGCCUUCAGGAGAAGAGCAAACUUGGGUCAAAAUCAACAAACCGGAUCUCCUCGACCAGAUCAAACAACAAAUGCCCAAUCACCGCAAACGCAACCUGCGGAUGAGCUACAAAGGUCAUUUCGAAAACAUCCCGUGUGUGUCGUUUGCCAACUUCGAUCUUGACCCGAAUGGCUUGUGGAUGGUUAGCACUGACAUCUUCAACCGCGUUGUUGUCUGGCGAGUCUGGGACAGCUUAAACCCCAUCCAGAUGACCUAUCUUGGAAACCCGCACAACAACCCUCCGCAGAGAGGAUGGUUUGUCUUGCCCAUAGACCCACGCAGAGUUCAACGUCACAAGCUCAAAAUUGAAGCAUGUGGAUGUCAACCAAUACCAAAAUUGACACGGAACCGGAUGAUACUCAAUGUCACGACCGCAAUGGACCAGGUCAGCGAAAUCUCGACGGCCCUUGCCCUUCGGAUUUCUAGGUCUUCAAUGACUCACAGACCCCUGCCCGAUGAUAUCUUUUCAUCCGGUUGCUGUGUUGGGCCCGACUCUCAGUCCCAUUAUUCAAGCCCACAGCAAGAUCUCCCACAAGAUUUUGGAGACACCGAAACAAAAUUGCACAACACUACGCCGCGUACCCAACUUCGUGCAACACCUGCCAUUGUCGACUUGAUUGAAGACGACAACAAGAAUUCUGACGUCCGUCCAUUCGAACUCAUUGUACCACCAAUUCUUGAGGAAAAUGAAUUACCGAUCCUGGAACGCAUUGCUGUUCAUCCAUCUAAACCUCGAUUCUUCCCACUUCUACAUUUCUCCGAGCGUGAUAUUUGUUUGGCUCCAUACCCACUUGAUACUGAAUUUCAAAUGCUCUGCAAAGCACCUCUUUGGCAGCGCUCCUACAUGAAUGAGGAGAUCAAUGCUGCCUGUGAUCGCUUCAACAUGGUCAAGUAUGUCCCUGAACUUGGGAUUGUUGUCGCAGCAUCCCAAAAAGGCCGUGUUGCGAUCAUUACCAUCACUUGGCAGGAGGAAAUCGGCACCUCCUUUCGUCUGGACUGGAUUGUUCCUUUCUUCGCACAGGAGAUGGCCGAUGAACGACCUAUGGUUCCUCUUCUUGGCAUUGCGGUGAGCCCUAUGCCAGGAUUCGAGAUCCCACCGGAUGUACCCUGUAUCCCUCGGGAUGUCGACCCUAAGGAAUGGCUCGAGUUCAACUACCGCAUACUGAACCCCGACAAAGAUGAUCAGUCAGAUGAUGAUCCGUCCACCAGACCUUCCAAUAAUCCUGACCAAGAUGCUUCCGUCACUGAGUCUCUACCUGCUGGCCAGGAUGACCCCAUGAAAGACCAAGGAUCUGAAACUAGCCACCGUGGUAGUAAGGCAUCCGAUAGUCCCAGAAACCUCUCACUUCCUGAAAUUCAUGCCCACGCCUCGGAUGUCUAUCAGCCCCACGAGACAUGGCAUGGAUCACAUCCAUCUCGACAUUACAGGCUCCUUCUGAUGUACUGUGAUCAUACAGUCAUGAGCUACGAGUUCUGGCAUAAUUGGAGGAAAUAUUAG